AUGCCUUCUCUCAGCAGUCAGUCCAGUGUCAAGAAUGAUGCCCCGAGUCCAGAUGAUAAAGAGCAAUCUACCAAGCCCGAAGAAGACUCUCAGUUAAGCCUCUUCCACCAAGUGCACGAAUGGUUGCAACAUGAAAAGACUAGGCGGAAAGCUCGGAAGAUACGAAAAUUCGAGGCACUCUCUGGUGCAACAGAUGGCCCCCCCGGAGACGAGGAAUGUGCCGUGGAAGAGCCGGAUUGUCAUAGCUCGAAGAGCACAUUUUCUCUCGACAAGCUCGAGAAAAUUCUUGCUCAAUACGCGAGCCGGAGACAGGGAAAUGUUUUGGGUUCCAUUCAACCCCCGAGGCGGCUAACACGCCGCCGGCCUAAGGGCCUGCGAAGGGGAUCAGCAUCAGAGUCAGAUCAAACGGACGUCGAGGCAGCCGUGCCCAGCGUGGAUGCCUUUCUGGAUAAUUCCAAGACACUCGCCUACAGCAUCGGUUGUGUUGAGGAUGAAGAUGCGGACAACAAUGUGAAUUCGAGGCGCGCCAAAGACCGAGAGGCUUGGUUGACUUUCAAGACCGACAUUCUGCGUAUCGCGCAUACGCUGCAGCUCAAAGGCUGGCGCAAGGUUCAGAUGGAGGCAGCUGGGGAGAUUGAGGUGGUUCGACUUAGUGGUGCUCUCACAAACGCUGUAUACGUGGUUAAACCUCCGAAACACCUGCCCGCCCCAAAGGCCGACGAUGGCUCUGCCGUGCUGGUCUCAAGGAAGCCCCCUCCAAAGCUUCUCCUGCGUAUCUAUGGUCCCCAGGUGGAACAUCUGAUUGACCGAGAAAAGGAAUUGCAAAUUUUACGUCGCCUUGGACGCAAGAAUAUCGGUCCCCGCGUGCUUGGAACCUUUCAAAACGGCCGAUUUGAGGAGUACUUCGAGGCUCGCACGCUAACACCAAAAGAUCUGCGUAUUCCUGACACCGCGAAGCAGAUUGCCAAACGGAUGAAAGAGCUACACACCGGCAUCGAACUUCUUGAAGAAGAGCGAGAAGGUGGACCAAAGAUAUUCAAAAACUGGGACAAGUGGGUAGAUCGCUGCGAACAGGUCACUACGUGGCUGGAUAAGGAAAUUCAAUCCCCGCAAAACGAGGCCAAGGCCGCAUCGGAACCCUGGCGUCGCCGCGGGUUUGUCUGCGGAGUGCCGUGGGCGCUGUUCCGAAAGGCCGUGGAUAACUACCGACUCUGGCUGAUUGCCAGUUGCGGUGGGAUCCAGGAAAUCAAGCAACGGCUGGUGUUUGCCCACAACGAUAUACUGACUGGCCUUCAGACCCAAUACGGCAAUCUUCUUCGUCUGGAGCCGAGCACUCAGUCGCCGCUGCUCCUCCCAGCGAACGAGCACAAGCAGCUUGUCGUUAUUGACUUUGAAUAUUCAUCGGCCAAUACCCCAGGGCUUGAAUUUGCCAACCAUUUUACCGAAUGGUGCUACAACUACCACGACGAAGAACGACCAUGGGCCUGCAACAACCGCGUCUACCCCACGCCAGAAGAGCAAUAUCGCUUCGUAUCAACCUACCUCACUCAUCAGCCCACUGUCACCGGUGGAUCGACUUCGCCGAUGAUCAACCCCUCCAUCCGCGGGCGCACCCCAACCGCAAUCACUCCCCUAGAUCUCGACGAAGGGCCCGAUGGCCCCAGUCUGCAGCAACAGCAGCAAGCCGAAAAAUCUCUUCAAGAUGAAUUGGACAUAGAAGUGCGCUACCUAAUGCAGCAGACCCGGCUAUGGCGCGUGAUGAACUCGGCGCAAUGGGUGGCGUGGGGGAUCGUGCAGGCCAAGGCAGCAGGCAUGGAAGAGGGAAUUGCCGAGAUGGCCAGCACAGAUGACCAGGGAGACAAAAACGGGACGCAUGAUGCGACGGUCUCUGAUGAUCAGAACAAGAGCCACGGCCAGAAUGGGCAUGGCGAGAGCGCUAAGACACCGCCUGUGGAUGCGGAUGUCGACGAAGGCGAUGAGUUCGACUACUUGGCCUACUCUCAGGACCGGGCCCUGUUCUUCUGGUCGGAUCUGCUGGCGCUGAACUUGGUUAAUGCGGAGGAGCUUCCUGCGCCACUGGUGGAGCAUAUCAAGUCCCGGAUUGUUGAGUACUGA